CUGUUUUGUGCGCUCUACAUUCUGAUCCGAGGAUCAGCUGGAGGCAGCAAUAAACACAAUCUGCAGCCGGAAAUUAGAGAGAAGGGAGAAAAGCUGCAGAUGUUAUGAUCUGAAAAGAGUGUAAAAUAUUUACACGAAGCCCUUCUUCUAAGAAGAAAGCCUUUUAUUUUUGUAACAUAGUGUUUUAACUAGGCUACCUCACGUUAAGGCUAUCUAAAGCUAUGCUUUAAGAGCUAUAUUUAUUGGCUAUUUUUUGUCACAUCGUUUACAACUUGAAAGAUUAUUGCAAAGGCAGGCCUUUGCAUUGAUGUGAAACCAAGUGAAACCUUACAUUUGCACUACUGAAGCCUCCCUGUUCCAAGGUCCAGGAAAGGACUUCCAGUGAAGAACAAGAGACAAAACACAAAUAAGAUUUUCAAAGGCAGCUACAGCUUUGUCCCUUUUGACAACCUUCUGAUACAUCACCUAGUCAUGUUUCAGCGCUUGAGCAACCUUCUUUUUGGGGAAGUGGAGGAAGUGGCUGCAGAGAUCAAUGGACCCAAUCCCUGUGUGACAGAGGCGGACGAGGAGGGCUGGAUGAUCGUCAACCUUCCUGUAGAGUGCAUGAUGCAGGUGGAAGAUGAGAAACCCCCACUGUCUGUGCAAUCAUUUCCAAGCAGUCACUUAAAUAAUACAGACUCAGGCUCCAGAGCUGAUUGCUCUACAACCAUCUCAAACCCAUGUUGCAAACGACGCAGAACACAUAAAGGCUGCUCAAGGAGAACAGUAGACUCCACUUCUUACUGUAGUAUUAGUCCAUCGGACAUAAGUGUGACUACACCUGGAACUCUUGACAGAGGGGCCAGAGGGUCUCUGCCCUCCUCCCCCUCAUCCGUAUCCCCUGACUCUCAGGGCGGGUGUGGAGGCAGUGGGGGUAGUAGUAGAACAGGCUCAGAGAGAGGCUGCAUGGAUGAGAGCUGGUUUGUCACCCCUCCCCCCUGUUUCACUGCAGAAGGAGCCACUGCUGAGGCCAGUCCCAUGGAGGACCUGCUCAUCGAACAUCCCAGCAUGUCUGUUUAUGUGUCUCAGAAUGGCACAGGCAUCACAUCCAGCAGCAACCUAUCAGCGGUGGGAGAGGAAAGCAUGACUAGCCUGGUGGGCAGUAUCAGCAGAGUGACAGAACCGUCAGCAGUCCCUGCCACCUGCACUACACUGCCCACCCGAGUCAACCGUGGAGCAGCUGCCCAGGCUGGUUCCCUAGCUAAGGUCACCCAAAUGGCCCGGGUUCAGCGCAGCAAAGCCCGCAUUGAGAGACGCCGCCUUGGACGCAAUCACAUGCAACGCCAAAAUCGUACCAGGGAGCAGGUUCCUCGUCUUGCAGCUCAUGUUCGGAAUAGCUUUCUUCACCAGCCCUGCAAGCGCAACUUCUGCCAUUAAACCCUACAGCCACUAGGUGGUGGUGUUUACUCUGAGGGCAUUAGCAAUUAUCUGCAAGACAUCAUUAAAGUUGUUAAACCAGUUGUUUUCAUUCGAUAUUCCAUUUAUAUGAAAACUAGAUAUUUAAAUUUUAUUUGGAAAACAAACAUCAUAGGAAGCCCUCUGAAGCCCUCUCUAAACCACUUCCUGCAACAUUCAAACAAAUGUCUGCUUCAUUAGAAAAUUACAAAAAAAAAGAGUUUAUUUUAAUCUUUUCCUUCAUUAAUAUUAAACAUUUUUCUUUACUUGUUCUAGGCAUGUAAUCACUGCGAUACAAAAUUUAGAACAAAAAUAUGAAAGCAUCUGAAUAUUCCACUUAUGUUGACUGACAUCUUUUUCUGGUGGAAAUGAGACACUGUGUUAAUUAAGUGUUUUGUGAUAAAGAAAAUACUGCUUUUUGUGACAAUGAGAGAGACUCAAGACAUAUUUUUAAUUUGCCUGUACAACAACUCUUAAGGCAAAAAGACAAAAAUCACGUUGAGAGAUUUCUUCACAUUUAGAAGGAUAUGAGCAAGUUGUACAUGGCAAAGUAAAUAGGCAAAACAGACUAAAGAGUUAAGAGCUGGAUUUACUGAUUUAAAAAUAAGUGGUUUUAAAUGAGAUGGAUCAUGGAACGCGAUAUUUAACCCCAAGCUUUUUUUAUUUUAUUUUUUUUAUAAAAUAUUAUUAAUAACUUUAUUAUUUGUAUCAUAAUUUGCCUAGUUUGCCUUGGGGUUUUUGUGUUUGACAAGUAAUUGUAAGUGCAAAGCAGUAUUUAAAGUGACCUCUUUAUUUGGUUUUGUUAAAGACCCCAUGAUCAUUUGCUGUGUAUUACACUUUCCACCCAAAAAGUUGUCAUCAGACAAAGAGAAAAUAGACAUGAAAAUCAAAGCCCUGCAUGAAUUUGUAAGUAUCUUAAGCUGAGUGCCCAGCACAUGUGACAUUGGUCAUCUCCAUCAUGUGCUGUGACUGAAUACAAGCCGUCCAUCCAAUACAAAUGUCUCAUCAAUGCCCCCUCGAUUCACUCAAAAAAGUUUGUAUUUUCUUAAACAUCAGCCUGCCAUAUCUUUACCACCCAGACUGAACAGUGUCCACUCAAAGGUCUAAUUUAUGUAUUCAAAAUAAUAGUAAAAAUAAUGGUGCUGAAGUGUAUACUAAAGUUUGUAAAAUAUGUGAGACAUGGAUGUAUGUUUGCACUGUCAUACUUUUGUGAGUUUUAACAGUGUGCUGUGUGCUCGUAUUUGUUUCUUUGUGAUUUUAUUUUUGUUUGACUCAAACUGUGUGAAAAGAAUUUCUGAGAUAU